AUGGCAUUAUUACAACUUUCAUUAAUUAUUUUUUUAACUACUGCAUAUCUUACCGAAGGAUACAUUUUUAUUGUGCUUAUUUUAUCUUACCCGGUUUUAUAUCUUAUUAAUUUAUAUUAUAGACUACAACGCGCCAAGAAAUCUCAACCUUGGCUACCUUCCAACAACAAUAACAAAGAUGAAGAACCAAAAGUUGUAUUAAUCACGGGUGCUUCAAGUGGCAUAGGAGAAUCGUUAGCUUAUGAGUUUGCAAAACAUAAAUCAGUCCUGGUAUUGUGUGCACGUAGGAUUGACUUGUUAACAAAUGUAGUAGAAAAGAAUUGUAUGUCAUUAGGCGCAACAAAAGUUAUUAGUGUUAGGGCAGACGUUACCAAAGAAGAAGAUAUAAAUAAAUUAAUAGAAGUUGUUGAAACCAACACAGCUACUAAUGGUAGAAUUGAUUGCUUGGUAUUAAAUGCUGGUGUUUCCAUGGGUGAGACGUUAGAAAGUCUUAAAGAUUUUGAAUUGAUCAAAAAUAUAAUGAAUGUGAAUUUCUUUGGAUCAUCAUUAUUGGCUUAUCGAGCUAUACCUUUAUUAAAGAAAAAACCGUUAUCAAAGUCGAGGAUUGUUGUUGUUUCAUCGUUACUUGGGAUUAUCCCUGGACCAUUACGAACUGGAUAUUGUGCAUCAAAGUUUGCGUUAAAAGGGUAUUUUGAAAGUUUACAACAUGAGUUGGCACCAUAUGAUAUUUUUGUUACCAUGGCUUAUCCUGGAGCAGUAGUAACAGAAAUCAAUAAAAAUAGACUAGGCGAAAAUCCCAAAGAUCUUGAAAUGAAAAACGCAAUCUCAUCAGAAGAAUGUGCUCGAACUAUAUUCAAAUCGGUUUGUAGAGGUGAUAGAGAAGUUGUGUUUAUGGCAACAGGAAAAUUUGCGAGACUAGUGGAAGGAAUUUUUCCUGAUUUAUUAUUUAGUAUAGUUGUCAAAGCGCAUCAAUUUACUAUUAUUAUACCAACUUCUAUUCCUUACAAUUCGAAUACAGCUGCAUUGCUGGUUAUUGACAUGCAAGAGUACUUUCGUAAAGAGGCUACCGAUAGAUGUACAAUCUAUUGUCAAAGCAUGUCACGAGAAAAGUAUCCCUGUUUUUUGGACCCAACAUGGUCACAGUGGUAUGAUCAAAUGAGGAUCUGA